AUGUUGCGUCCCGUAGCCUCCAACCUGAGCCCGCGCCAGAGCCUGCGACAAAUCCACAACCGCCCGACAUCAUCCACGUCCGCGUCCACGUCCACGUCCCUGUCCCUCUCUCUCUUACUUCAAAAGUGGCGUUCCUCCCCCACUAAGCAUACACGCCCUGAGCUUUUGUCUCUUACAACGUGCCAGGCCAUCAGCAGUCGUCUCCCGAACCGUCUUGCUGCAGCCCCGUGCCGUACCUUCUGCUCUGAAAAGUCGCCCACCUACACCACCAUCUCGUUCCGUUCUUAUACAACCUCCCGCUCCAUCAGUAGCAAACCCACCAUCUCAUCUCACAUAAAUCACGGCAAGCAGAUCGUUGCCAUGCCCAACACCGAUACCGCUGCCGCCGGGCUUCCGGCCGGCUCAGCUAUACCUCACCGCGAGCCUAGGCCCCAAUCCGUCGAACGGGUGACGGAUCACCUCGAGACCCCCUCCCUCGACGAUCGGACCUACCGAGUCGUGAGGUUGUCCAACAAGCUCGAGGCCUUGCUGGUACAUGACCCGGAGACCGACAAGGCCAGCGCCGCCCUAGACUGCAAUGUUGGAAACUUCAGCGACGAGGAGGAAAUGCCAGGAAUGGCCCACGCCGUCGAACAUUUACUGUUCAUGGGUACCAAGAAGUUUCCCAUAGAAAACGAAUACUCGCAGUACCUCUCCAACAACUCGGGCAGCUCCAACGCUUACACUGGCGCAACCUCGACUAACUACUUCUUCGACGUCUCUGCAAAGCCUGCCAACGAUCAGGAGCCAACAGCCGAGAACCCCUCGCCCUUUAAGGGAGCACUCGAUCGCUUUGCGCAAUUCUUCAUUGAGCCCCUGUUCCUCGAGUCGACCCUCGAUCGUGAGCUGCGCGCGGUGGACUCGGAAAACAAGAAGAACCUGCAGAAUGACCAAUGGCGACUCCACCAGCUGGAGAAGUCUCUUUCCAACCCGAAGCAUCCAUUUUGCCACUUCUCGACCGGCAAUCUCGAGGUUCUCAAGGAAGACCCAGAGUCCAAGGGUGUCAAUGUCCGCGCAAAGUUUAUGGAGUUUCACGACAAGCACUACUCGGCAAACCGUAUGAAGUUGGUGGUUCUGGGAAGAGAGCCUUUGGAUGUUCUCGAGACAUGGGUUGCCGAGUUCUUCUCCGGAGUCCCCAACAAGGACCUAGCGCCCAAUAGGUGGGAGGCUGAGGUGCCCUUCCGCGAGAGUGAGCUGGGUAUGCAAGUCUUUGCUAAGCCUGUCAUGGACUCUCGCGAGCUGAACCUCUUCUUCCCUUUCCUCGACGAGGAAAAGAUGUACGAGUCGCAACCCAGUCGCUACGUGAGCCACCUGAUCGGUCACGAGGGCCCUGGUAGCAUCAUGGCCUACGUCAAGGAAAAGGGCUGGGCCAAUGGCUUGAGUGCCGGUGCUUACCCCGUCUGUCCGGGUUCUCCUGGUAUUUUCGACUGUCAGAUUCGCCUGACAGAGGAGGGUCUCAAAAACUACAAGGAGAUUGUCAAGGUCUUCUUUCAAUAUGUUGCGCUUCUCCAGGAGGCCCCACCCCAGGAAUGGAUCUUUGACGAACAGAAGGGCAUGGCCGACGUCGACUUCAAAUUCAAGCAAAAGACUCCAGCAAGCCGAUUCACGAGCAAGAUCAGCUCUGUCAUGCAGAAGCCUCUUCCGCGGGAAUGGCUACUCAGCGGAUACAGUCGGUUGAGGAAGUUUGAUUCUGGUUUGAUCGAAAAGGCCUUGGCGUGCUUGAGACCAGACAACUUCCGUAUGACUAUUGUGUCACAAAAGUUUCCCGGUGACUGGAAUCAGAAGGAGAAGUGGUACGGUACCGAAUACCGCCACGAAAAGAUCCCCGAGGACUUCAUGGCCGAGAUCAAGAAGGCCGUCUCAAGCCCUGCGUCGGAGAGACUUUCCGAGCUUCAUCUUCCUCACAAGAACAACUUCAUCCCUACGAAGCUCGAGGUCGAGAAGAAGGAGGUCAAGGAGCCGGCUCUGUCGCCGCGUGUCGUCCGAAGUGAUGGCCUCGCUCGGACGUGGUUCAAGAAGGAUGACACCUUUUGGGUGCCCAAGGCCAACUUGGUCAUCAGCUGUCGCAACCCCAAUAUCUACUCUACCGCGGAGAAUGCUGUCAAGGCAAGGUUCUUCACCGAUCUGGUACGCGAUGCGUUGGAGGCGUACUCGUACGAUGCCGAGCUUGCAGGCCUGCAGUACAGCGUCUCGCUCGACGCCAGAGGCCUGUUCCUUGACCUAAGCGGGUACAAUGACAAGCUGGCGGUACUCCUGGAGCAGGUUUUGAUCACGAUCAGGGAUCUGAAGAUCAGAGACGAGAGAUUCGACAUUAUCAAGGAGCGCCUGAAUCGUGGAUACAACAACUGGGAGCUACAGCAGCCGUUCAGCCAGGUCUCUGACUACACAACGUGGUUGAACUCUGAGCGCGACUAUGUUGUGGAGGAAUACCUGGCUGAGCUGCCUAACAUUACGGCUGAGGACGUCCGGCAGUUCAAGAAGCAGAUGCUUUCGCAGGUCCACAUUGAGUCUUAUGUCCACGGCAAUUUGUACAAGGAGGACGCUCUCAAGCUCACCGACAUGAUUGAAACCAUCUUGAAGCCUCGCGUCCUUCCGCGACCCCAGUGGCCAGUGAUUCGGUCAUUGGUUAUCCCCCCUGGAUCGAACUACGUAUACAAGAAGACGCUCAAGGAUCCGGCCAAUGUCAACCACUGCAUCGAAGUUUGGCUCUAUGUCGGCGACAAGGGCGAUAGAAUGGUACGAGCCAAGACGAUGUUGCUAGACCAAAUGGCUCACGAGCCAGCCUUUGACCAGCUGCGAACGAAGGAGCAGCUCGGUUAUGUCGUCUUUAGUGGAGUUCGAAGCUUCUCUACCACGUACGGCUUCAGGUUUAUCAUUCAAAGUGAACGGACACCCGAGUACCUUGAAUCGAGAAUCGAGGCCUUCCUCAACCUGUUCUCCAACACGUUGGACAACAUGUCUGAGGCAGACUUUGAGGGUCACAAACGCAGUCUAAUUGUCCGGAGGCUCGAGAAGUUGAAGAAUCUGGACCAGGAGAGUAGCAGACACUGGGCCCAGAUUGCCAGUGAAUAUUACGACUUCGAGCUCCCUCAAGAAGACGCUGCCCACAUCAAGACGCUCACCAAGGCCGACAUGUUGGAGUUCUUCCAGACGUACAUCAAGCCCGGAUCGGCAACGCGGGCAAAGCUCUCGGUGCACUUGCGCGCACAGGCUACGGCACCGGCCAAGGAGGGUGCCGAGGCCAAGGUCAAUGGCGUCAGUAAAGAAGAAGAGUCACUGCCGUCAAGUGAUUCUCCACCAGUCGUUAUCGAAGACGUUCGCAGUUUCCGAGCCAGCCUUGUUGCGACUAGUGGUGCGCGACCUGCCAAGGAUUUGACCGAGUACGAAGACACUGAUGCCAAGCUGUGA